AAAAAAAAAAAUCUCCCUUGCUUUUGCCUUUAUCACCUCAAAAUCUACAAUCCCACCUCUUAACAAAAUCCAUGGCACCGUCAUCUAAUGUGGUGCAGAUGAGAAUACACACACUACACGCACUACUACUCAUCAGCAGCAGUUUAGUCAUCCAUGUGGCGGCAGCAACAUGGUGUGUAGCCAGAAGUGAUGCAAGUGAUCAAGCUUUGCAAACAGCACUGGACUAUGCUUGCAGUGCUGGUGCAGAUUGUGCACCUCUUCAAUCAACUGGGCUGUGUUAUCUUCCCAAUACUCUCAUUGCUCAUGCUUCUUAUGCCUUCAAUAGUUAUUACCAGCGCAGGGCCAUGGCUCCAGGAUCCUGUAGCUUUGCUGGCACCGCCACCAUAGCCAAAACUGAUCCAAGCUAUGGAUCUUGUGUUUAUCCAUCAUCUCCGAGCGCUGCAGGAGGACCACCUACCGUAGGCGGUAUGCCAACCAAUCCAAUCACUAGUCCAUCUUUGAGCGCACCACCACCACCGGAGACUACACCCUUAAACAACGGUGGAGGCUUCAGACCAGGGCUGGGUGGUGGAAUUCCUGCAACACAGAAUUCUAAAGCUGCUUCUCUACCAUCCUCUACUGCGACUACCUUAACUCUUUCAUCUUUCUUGCUUGUACUCUUUCUCAUUUCUGAACCCUAAUAUUGCCCUGAGAGAGAACAGCAACAGGGCCUUAAGUGAUUGUGAAGACUAGGUUAGUGAAGUUUUGUUAGGUUUGAGGCUCCUUGUCUCAGCCACUCAGCAGUUUUGUAGCAAAAAAAUAUUUAAGGCUUUUGAUGUAAUGUUCUCUUUUGGCUGCUUAAUUCUUUUCAAGCCUUGGUCCCAAUUGGAGAAGUUUAA